GGUGACCUUGUUUUCAUUUUUAUGUCUGCUAAAACAAAAGAGUUAGUUUCGGCAUCGGCAACCACUAAAAUGAAUUUAUAAUAGUUAUGGCACUAUAGCUUACCCCGAAGAAGUAGUAAAAAAAUCAACACACACACCUUAAAAAUAAUGUAAUAAAAGGCUCCCAUUUUUUUCUGUAAUUCAUUAGCUUGGCGUGUUUGAAUUUCUCUACCUUUUCUACGUUUCAAUAACUUUCAGGCAUUUAUUUAUUUGAACUUUUUUUUAUUUCACCUCUUUCUUACCUGUUUACCUUAUAAUAUAACUAUAACUGUUUAUAAUUUGGUAAAUUACCACUCAUUUAAUUGAGUGUUGACACUGGACUUACGUUUUACCAACAUCUUAUGCUAUUUUGGCUAAUUUAGUAGUAGGGCAAUUAGUAAGUGAUUACAAUUAAUACUAUUAAUUAAUAAUAGUAAUAGUAAACAUAAAUAAUAGAAUAAUAGUAGUCUAUAGUAUACUAGUACUAGUAUAGUCAUAGUCUAUUCUACGGCUACGGCAGUCGUUUUCUUCCCCACAAGCCACAAAUCAUUUUAAAUAGUUAUAAAUUAAAUAAGACUAAGAAGUAAAUUAAGUGUCAUAAUACGAAGAAGAAAAAGUGGUGUUUGGGGGGAAUGUUGUUAGACCAAAAUAAAUAAAUUUGAAUAAUGUAAGCCUACCUAUGCAUCUCAAGUAUACAAGGUCACAUGUAUUUUAAUUUUAUUGUGCUAUAAGACUAUAGUAUAAGUAUAAUUUAUUAUAAUAAUUACUAUAAUAAUAAUACCAUAUAUUAUUUAUAAUAUUAUAAUAUAUUAUUAUUAUGAAUAAGGCUGAGCCUUAUAUUUUCAUUUGUUCUGAUUCUGAGCCAAAACUCUCUUUUGUUAUUGUCCUUUCUUUCAAUUCAAGCUUCCACAUAACUUGUUCAUUGUUCUACUAUUUCCUUCACACAGCUUGAACGCAGUCCUUCAUUUAUUAGCCUUAUAGAAAGUUGGCUGGGAUAACAUUGAUUUUUAUUCCCAGCUGACUGUGUAUGUAGCCACCUUAUUUUAUUAACCCCCCCCCCCCCUUAAUAUUUUAAUUGAGCUUCUCACCCCACCUCGCUGUUUAAAUUUAUUUAUUUAUAAAUUUGUGGGUGAUAAUUUACUAUAUUAGAGAUAUAAAUAAAUAGACUACUAAUGCUGAUGCCAAUCGACUGUCAGAAUUCAUAAGAUUUUAUACAUUUAAUAAUUUUUAUAGUGCAUACACAUUCUGCCAAGACCCCUUUCCCUCACCAACAGCACUCUAACACAAAAUCUCCUUAAUGCAAAACCCCCUUCCCCCUCUUAAAAUAUUGAUAAUCCAUUUGUUAAGCUUUACCCACAUAUUAUUAAAAUUCCAUUAAUUUUUAACCACCCACCUAUACAUCUCACAAGUCUCUAAUUUCUAUUGUUAUAUUUAUAAACUUAUAUUUUAUCACAUACUCUUUAAAUAUUUUUUUGAAAGUCUAAAUCUUUGUUAAUAAUAAUAAAAUGACCUUUGAAACAACUGCAUCCUCCCCAUAGGCAUUUCUUGUGCACUUUGCUAUAUUAGGAUGAUAUAAUACAUAACUUGCAUUAAAUAGAAGUUACUAUUCUAGUGUCUCUGGUUUUUCAUUUUUUAUUACUUUAGCAGUUUAAAUAGUUCACAUAUUUUUAAUAAUUGUAAAGCUUAGAGCUGUAAGGUAAGCUAUACAAAAAUGCCUAAAUGAUAAUAAUAAUAAUAAUAAAUCUCAGUACCGGUAUAGGGCGUUUAAAAGUUUUUUAAAUUAAUGUUGAUAUUGUGCUUUUUCUUAAAAUAAUGUAACCGUCAAUCUGCUUUGAUGUAUUAUAAAUGGAAAAAAAGGUGCUUUAAAAAAUGUUAAAUUUUGAAACAAAUGAUACAUUUCUUUAAAAUUUCAGAGGAUGUCAGUGAAAAGAAUAACCAACCAGCUAAAUAAGCUUCCAGGGACUAUUAAGUGUCCUUUUGUGUAUGUGCGAUUUCUACAUAUAAAAAAUACGUUUUACCACUCCCAAGAACGGCCCCCUGCUUCAAAGACAUACUCAAUAAGCACACCAAUUUAUUAUGUUAAUGCAGGUAUAGUGAUCUUAUAUUAAAUCUUUUUGAUAUUUAUUUAGCUAACUUUUUUAUUGAAAAACCUCUAGGUAAUUUCAUGCAAUUAUUGUAGUAUUCUUUAGUAGAAAAUAAUUAGUUAAAAUACAUUUGAAGUUAUAUUUUAAUAUUUUUCUUUUGACUUGAACACUUAUAACUAACGAGAGACACUUUUUCCACUUUUUUUUUUUUACAAACCCCUUCACCUUUAUUGUGCCAAUUACACCUCCGAAAGUUCUUUUAUAGAUAGGCCCUUCCACAUAAUUUAUUGGGGCAGUUGUUUCUAUUCCAAAUAUUGAACAGAGCCUUCAGGCAAAUUGUAAAUAUAAUUUUUUCUUAAGACUUCAAUUGCGCACUUUUUUAUCAGCACCACAUAUUGUCCACCUCUACAGCUGUCUUCUAAUAUACCAUAAUUUUUAUCAGAAUCACAUACUGGCCACCUCUACAGCUGUCUUCUAAUAUGCCAUAAUUUUUAUCAGAAUCACAUACUGGCCACCUCUACAGCUGUCUUCUAAUAUGCCAUAAUUUUUAUCAGAAUCACAUAUUGGCCAUCUCUACAGUUUUCUUCUAAUAUGCCAUAAUUUUUAUCAGAAUCACAUAUUGGCCACCUCUGCAGUUUUCUUCUAAUAUGCCAUAAUUUUUAUCAGAAUCACAUAUUGUCCACCUCUACAGCUGUCUUCUAAUAUGCCAUAAUUUUUAUCAGAAUCACAUACUGGCCACCUCUACAGCUGUCUUCUAAUAUUAAUAUGCUAUAAUUUUUGUCAGCACCACAUAUUGGCCACCUCUACAGUUGUCUUCUAGCUGAUGCAUCAGCCAGAUGGAAUAAAUUAAAAGGAUCUAACACAUUUUUUACAACUGGAACUGACGAGCAUGGCCUAAAAGUAAGAUGGUCAGAUCAAUUUCAUGCUUAACUGAAUUUAAUCUGGUAAACUUAAAGUCAUCUAGAAGUUUUGACUGCUUUUUUUUAUUUACAUUUUUUUGUGUGUGUAUAAUUUGGUAUUUGACUUUUAGAGAAGGUAAGUCAGUUUCAGCCAGUUGAGGCAAAAUUUUUAGCAACCAUUGGUCCUAAAAUUUGAUAAGUAUUCCUUUCAUAUUUCACAGUAAUUAAUAGGCUGAAACUCCAGUAUGAUAAAUUAAUGUAUAUUUUUUCAAAUAAUUUAUUUUUAUAAGUAUAAGCAUUCUAAAUGUUUUUGUUUUUAAACAGAUUCAGCAAGCUGCAACUGCCAACAAACUUGACCCCCAAACAUUUUGUGAUCAAGUGUCUCAUAAAUUUAAGGUGGGUCAAUUUUAAAAAAAAAAAACUGCUUUGACUUAGGCUCAUUUUUAAAAAAAAGAAAUUUAUUUAUUUUUUUUGUUUGAUAAAUUUUCAUUUUUUACUUUUAUUUUUGUAUUAAAUACCGUAAAACAUUGGUCUAAGUUUAUUAUUUUUUUAUAGUAAUUUCAUGUUGCAUACAUCACACAGCAAAACCUUUUUUUUUUUAAUAAACAUCAAUCCAACUCACUGGGUCUCUUGCAUGUAAUACUUACCCCAAUAACAAAUCUUAUCCUACUUGAAAAGCACCCAAAAUAAGCAGACCUGAUUACUCUUACGAUUUUGGCAUACAUUGAGUUGUAUACAUUUAUAUAUACUUUAUGUUUAUUUUUUUUACUUUUAAGAUAAUGUAUUGAACGAUUUUAAUAAUAUUGUACGAAUUUUAAGAGUUGGUGGGUAAACAGUUCUGAAAUAAGGGAUAAGGGAAGACGCAGCAGGUUUCACUUCAUCAGGGGUCCUCCAUAGGUAUGGGUAAAUAUCUAAGAUGAUUACAUCCAACUUGACAUGGGUUAAAAUAACUUAAAAAUAGCCCCCCCCCCCUCCCCCCAAAAUGCUCAGAUUUAAUCAGUUAAAAUUUACAGCUCAUGGAUUAAACUGAAAUAUUAAGUAUAAUGAAAUAAUUUUUGAAUCGUUAUUUUAGUGUUUUGGCUGUCUCAUUGGUAAAGCUAUUUAUUUUUUCAACUUUCUGCAGUCCUUGUUUGAUGCUGCAGAUAUCAGUUACACCAGAUUUAUCAGGACAACAGAGGCUGAUCACCACGAGGCUGUGGUGGCGUUCUGGGUAAGUCGGGGGCUCACUUCACACCUCUAGAAAUAAUCCUCUGAGAAUGUCUUAAUCAAAUUUAAACAUGUUGCUGUUUAGAAAACCAGGGUGAUUUUACAUAUUACAACUUAUUUUUUUAAAAAAUUAAAUGAAAUCAAAAUACUUAAGUGCAAGUGUAUUUCGAAAAAUUACUGCACCUUUAAAUAUUAAAAAAUAUUUAUUAUAUUUCUCCAAAUGUUUAGCAACAUCUUUCAUUGAUUUUGGUUUAUUUAUCAAUUGUAAUUAGCUAUUUUCCUAUUAAAAAUCGUUGAAACAAGAUGGGACAUUUCAUUUUGCUUUACACAACAAAUCGUGCAGAAAUCUCAUAGUACUGUUAAGUACUUCUAUUAUCUAGCAACACUUGUAUUUUUUUAGUAUUUAUUUUAUAUUCCUGGGAAAAAAAAAAAAAAAAAAAAAAAAUUUAUGGUUUGAAUUGUCCUGUUUGAAUUUCAGAAUAGACUGAAGGAACGUGGACAUAUCUACAAGGGCAGCUACUCUGGUUGGUACUCUGUCUCUGAUGAAGCAUUUCUUUCCGAAAGCGAUGUGGAGGAUAAAUGUUUACCAGAUGGCAGCACUGUCAAGGUCUCUUUGACAUUUCUUCUUGUUUUAAAGCUAGUUUUAGAUCUGUGCAAAACAUUACUUCGGCAGACAUUAUACUGUAUAUGACACCACAAGCUACUUGUCAUUGAAAUAAUUUCCUAUUAGUCCUAAAAGGCAUAAGACAAGAUCUGACUCUGAAGUAAAUUGUGGGGGAAUUUAGAUGCUUGGACAAAUAUAAGUCUUGAUCACCCAAACCACUUGAGAUAUAUAAGCCUAUUGCUUACAUAUGGUUUUAUUUUUGUAUUGUUUGGUUUUUUGGCUAGCAUCUGUCUGUCAUAAUGUGACGAUGGUGUAGACAAGGGCAGGGAUUCUUCCUUUUUUUAGGAUUAUAAGCUGGUUCCCUACACUGGUGGAAAACCUAAGGGAACAUCAUAUGCAUAAUACAGAUUGGCACCAGUGGCGUUGCAGGAGUUGUCGGAAUGUUUCUUUGUCCCACCGAGCACCCUGCUUACAUAUAUAAAUACAGAUUCAAUGCGUUAGAAUGUUAUGUGGACACAGGCUGUGAACUAUCACUAUUUAGUCUGUAAAUCUAACCAUACCCCAUCCAUUCACACUCAGUGACACUCUUCUUGAACUGCCGUUGGUCACAGAACUAUUUCGGGGCUGUGUUGUCUCCCCAAACCCGAUCCACACACAAUCUGUGACACGCUUCUUGAACUGAUGUUAAUCACAGAACUAUUUCGGUGCCAGGUUUCAUAUACCCUGAGUUGAUUUUUGUUCCCUGUUGUGUAUUUGCUGGACAGGUUUCCAAAGCCAGUGGUCAUGUGGUGACCUGGUCUGAAGAGAACAAUUAUCUGUUUAAGCUGUCUGAUCUCCAGCAACAUCUUACUCACUGGUUGAACUCUAAACGUAUGUCAAUGAGUAGAUUAGGAAUUAGUUUAUUUACAAAUCAGUUUAUCAUUUAGUGGCACUUAUACCACUGAAAGCAACAGAAAUAAAAGACUUAAUUUAGUGAAUAACUUAAGUUUUUCCACCUUUUUCCCUCUUGCAAAUCAUGUAAAGCAGUAGCGAAGUGAGCAUUUUUUAAAUAAAUAAAUUAAUGGGUUUUUUUGUUGUUUUUUUUUUAGUUAGAAGCACCUUCACCUAAAAUUCUAAUGUUAGAUAGUUUCAUCUCCACCACACACUCAACUAAAAUUCUAAUGUUAGUUAGUUUCAUCUCCACCACACACUCACCUAAAAUUCUAAUGUUAGUUUCAUCUCCACCACACACUCACCUAAAAUUCUAAUGUUAGUUUCAUCUCCACCACACACUCACCUAAAAUUCUAAUGUUAGCUUCAUCUCCACCACACACUCACCUAAAAUUCUAAUGUUAGUUUCUUCUCCACCACACACUCACUUAAAAUUCUAAUGUUAGUUAGUUUCAUCUCCACCACACACUCACCAAAAAUUAUAAUGUUAGUUUCAUCUCCACCACACACUCACCUAAAAUUCUAAUGUUAGUUUCAUCUCCACCACACACUCACCUAAAAUUCUAAUGUUAGUUAGUUUCAUCUCCACCACACACUCACCUAAAAUUCUAAUGUUAGUUUCAUCUCCACCACACACUCACCUAAAAUUCUAAUGUUAGUUAGUUUCAUCUCCACCACACACUCACCAAAAACUCUAAUGUUAGUUUCAUCUCCACCACACACUCACCUAAAAUUCCAAUGUUAGUUUCAUCUCCACCACACACUCACCUAAAAUUCCAAUGUUAGUGUCAUCUCCACCAAUUCACUCAUUGAGAUACACUUGGUAGUUUAUGUUCUUCAUCUGUCCUCAUUUGACUUUAGAUUAAGAAAUAGUUUCAUCGUGCCACCACCGCGUAUUUCCUUUGUUUUGUUGGAAAGUGUUUAACACAAGCUGUUAAUUUUUCAGCCAUUUUUCCACCGCAGUUUGAGACGGCUGUCCGACACAUGGUGCAGAAUCUGCCAGACUUGUCGUUGACUAGAGACCGGGUCAGAUUACCAUGGGGAAUACCCGUACCUGGGGAUGAAUCUCAAACCGUGAGCAAUAGAAUUUGAAUUAAAUGUUAGGGAAUAGCACGACCAGUUGAAAAACAAUUCCUGUUGUUCUUUUUUUGUUUAGAUUUCAAAAUACAAUAUUUAUUGUGCUUGGUACAAAUUUGCAGGGGUCCUCAGGUAUUCAAGAAAAAAAAAAGAAAGUUUAAGUGGAAAAAAAUUUUAAAGUGAAUGGGAGACAACUAAUUUGAAUGUAUAAUUCAACACUGGGAAGAAUUGAAGUUUCAGAAUGGUGCCAUUUAUAUACAUAUGUAUGGCCCCAAUUUGAAUAUAUGUAUAGUUUAGAUAUCAACUUUGCCUAUGCCAACAGCACCAUUGCACUCAAAAGCUGUACCCAGGGCUAAGGAUGAAUUUAGGUGCAUCUUCCCAAAAAGUGUAUAUUAUAUUGAUAAGCACAUCUUACAUGAAACAUUAAGAUUUGGGUGCCCUCUGAUGAAGGUGCAACCCCCCCCCCCUCCUCAAACCCGAACACCCCCCUUUCACAUGGCCCCGUUUGCAAUUCAUCAGCUGAACUCCAUCGCGUUUUUACUAACCCCAUUUAGAACAGCUGCAAUGGGCAUGUCAUUGUAUUUUGCGUGUUCAUUUCUUGAUGAUCCAACAGUUCCCUCAUUCUUAUGAAGAGGUUCAUUUCUUGAUGAUUCAACAGUUCCCUCAUUCUUAUGAAGAGGUUCAUUUCUUGAUGAUUCAACAGUUCCCUCAUUCUUAUGAAGAGGUUCAUUUCUUGAUGAUUCAACAGUUCCCUCAUUCUUAUGAAGAGGUUCAUUUCUUGAUGAUUCAACAGUUCCCUCAUUCUUAUGAAGAGGUUCAUUUCUUGAUGAUUCAACAGUUCCCUCAUUCUUAUGAAGAGGUUCAUUUCUUGAUGAUUCAACAGUUCCCUCAUUCUUAUGAAGAGGUUCAUUUCUUGAUGAUCCAACAGUUCCCUCAUUCUUAUGAAGAGGUUCAUUUCUUGAUGAUUCAACAGUUCCCUCAUUCUUAUGAAGAGGUUCAUUUCUUGAUGAUUCAACAGUUCCCUCAUUCUUAUGAAGAGGUUCAUUUCUUGAUGAUUCAACAGUUCCCUCAUUCUUAUGAAGAGGUUCAUUUCUUGAUGAUCCAACAGUUCCCUCAUUCUUAUGAAGAGGUUCAUUUCUUGAUGAUUCAACAGUUCCCUCAUUCUUAUGAAGAGGUUCAUUUCUUGAUGAUUCAACAGUUCCCUCAUUCUUAUGAAGAGGUUCAUUUCUUGAUGAUUCAACAGUUCCCUCAUUCUUAUGAAGAGGUUCAUUUCUUGAUGAUUCAACAGUUCCCUCAUUCUUAUGAAGAGGUUCAUUUCUUGAUGAUUCAACAGUUCCCUCAUUCUUAUGAAGAGGUUCAUUUCUUGAUGAUUCAACAGUUCCCUCAUUCUUAUGAAGAGGUUCAUUUCUUGAUGAUUCAACAGUUCCCUCAUUCUUAUGAAGAGGUUCAUUUCUUGAUGAUUCAACAGUUCCCUCAUUCUUAUGAAGAGGUUCAUUUCUUGAUGAUUCAACAGUUCCCUCAUUCUUAUGAAGAGGUUCAUUUCUUGAUGAUCCAACAGUUCCCUCAUUCUUAUGAAGAGGUUCAUUUCUUGAUGAUUCAACAGUUCCCUCAUUCUUAUGAAGAGGUUCAUUUCUUGAUGAUUCAACAGUUCCCUCAUUCUUAUGAAGAGGUUCAUUUCUUGAUGAUUCAACAGUUCCCUCAUUCUUAUGAAGAGGUUCAUUUCUUGAUGAUUCAACAGUUCCCUCAUUCUUAUGAAGAGGUUCAUUUCUUGAUGAUCCAACAGUUCCCUCAUUCUUAUGAAGAGGUUCAUUUCUUGAUGAUCCAACAGUUCCCUCAUUCUUAUGAAGAGGUUCAUUUCUUGAUGAUCCAACAGUUCCCUCAUUCUUAUGAAGAGGUUCAUUUUCCUCUUUUUUUUUCUUUUUUUUUUCCCCAGAUUAUUAAUCAGUUUAAAAUACAAACCAUGUAGUUUAAAAUGCCCAGUAGACUGGCUGACCCACUGUAAAAUAUAGUUUUUAGUCAUGUAGAUCAGACGUAACCAAAGUGAUCACCAGAGCUAAUUGUGUGGUCUAUAGUGUGAAUUUGAAAUACCGGCUCCAAGAACCUCAAAGUUUUGAAUUAAUUUCGAGCCUGUUUCCUUCAGAAUAUUAUGGUACCCAGGGACACUUACAGCAUAUGAGCCACUGAUUUAAUAUUACUUUAACCAGAUAGCAGGUGUGCACAUUAAAUGGCUACUGAAUGACCCAACUCUGUUUUUGUUUUUUUAUUGCUAGAUUUAUGUAUGGCUCGAUGCUCUGGUCAACUACCUCACAGUGACCGGCUACCCAAAGGCUGGUUGGUUCCCCUGGCCACCAGACUGUCAGGUGAUUGGCAAAGACAUCCUCAAGUAAUAAACUAAUGCAUGGUAGCACAUCUGUCUAACAAUCAAGAAGAAGCAUGUCUUUUUAAAAUCUCUAAAAGAGUUGUUGUUUUUAAAAAUUAAAUCUAGGCCAUGUAAAUAUCCAAUUAUCAUGUGUACCUUAACUUUUUAUCAUGAGUUCUCUCAUUAUAUUAUAUCAUGCUACUCUUAUUUUUUAUCACAUGUUUUACCCAUACCAAUGUUUUCAGAUCAAUAUUCUACACUGUUUUCAAAAAUAAAAUCAUAUUUUCCUUUAUAAGAGAAAUAUUGGGAGGACUGCGUUCAGCGGUCAAGGGCAUCUUGGCCGCAAUGUCCGCUUUUUAAAAAAAAAAAAAAUUUUUUAUCAUCCUUCUUUCGGUAUACUCUUACCCUGUGUAUAUUUCUUAUUUUCCUUUCACAGAUUUCAUGCCAUCUACUGGCCUGCGUUUCUGAUAGCAGCCGGCUUUGACCCACCAAAGAAGCUUGUCGUCCACUCUCAUUGGUUGGUAGACAAUGUCAAGGUUAGAGUGAUUCUUUUUCUUCAUUUUCCUAAAAUAAAAAAAAAGGUAUCAUUCAUGUGAGAUACUGUAUAGAAAUGUAGUGUACGCACAUAAGUAAAUGUUUGGACAUAGAUAUUUUAAAUACAUGUACUUGUUGAUUAACAAUUUCAUGAUGUGAACAUUGGGACUCUAGGAUGUCAUACAGAGGUGACCUUGGCCACUGGAUGUUUCUUACUUGCUUGUUAUUCAAAUUUUUUUAGCGUAUUUUUGCCUGGUGUUAUGAUAGCUUAAAAGCUCAAAAUUUAAUCAGGAAUCAAUUUUCAGAUGUCUAAAAGCCUUGGUAAUGUGAUAGACCCGAUGUGCAAGAUGGAGGCUCUGGGUGUUGAUGGAGUACGGUACUUUCUCCUGAAAGAAGGAAGCCUGGACUCGGACUGUUGUUAGUAACAUUUGUUGAAUACAUUCAAUACCAAAAUUCAGACGGGAAACGCUGUAAUUUUAAUGAGCAACAGACCUGCUUACCUCUAAACUCUUAAAAUCGUACAAUAUCAUCACAAAAUUGUUAAAUACAUUAUAUUAAUAGUAAAAAAUAAACAUACAGUAUAUAUAGUGUAUACACCUCAAAAUCGUAUAUUGUACGCCAAAAUCAUAAGAAUAAACAGGUCUGGAGCAAUCACAUUAUUCUUAAUAUUUUAUAUUUGCAACGCAAUGGCUGAGUGUAAUGAAAGGCCACAAAUGAAAAACUAUAAACAAAAUGUCCAAACCCUGUUAUAAUGUAACAUCCAGGCAAAGAUUCCUUGUUAAAUUUAUAUUCUGAUAAUAGGAUCUUAUUGCAUGGGUCAAACUUGGACAUUUUCUGAUGGAGUUUUACAGGAAAUUCUUAAAAAUAACCUCUAAACACCGUGGGGGAAAAAAACAUUUUACAGAAAUUCUUUUUAUAAUUACUUAGUUACAGUUAGGCAUACAAUGUGUGGUUGUUACACACUGUUCCUCAACUACACAUAUAUUUUAAACUUUUAAAGUGUGUACUACUUUUUAAAAAAAUAAUAGAAAUUCCCAAGGACGUCAACAGUUCAGUUUUCAUUGUUGAGUCUCUCCUUUGUCAUCAGUUCCAUAAUUUUGUUUUCACCCCGCAGCCUACAGCGAUAAAAAACUGACAGAGAGAAUUAACUCAGACCUGGCCAACACAAUGGGAAAUCUCCUGGGUCGACUCACAGCCCAGUCGGUGAACAAGAGACAAGAGUUUCCUGCCCUGAACGAAGAUGACCUGUUUGAGUUUUGCUCAGCCGAAGAGAGAGACAUGCACAAGGCCCUCUAUCAGCUGCCAGGUAUAAGUCAAUGAUCAGUUCUAUAUCAAUGUUAAGAUAGUAUUAAAUAAGCUGGCAAGCAGUAGUCACAAAUAAGGGAGGGAAUAGCUGUAAACAGAUAACUUAACUGAAUGGAGGAUUUUACCUUUAGAAAUGAUUUCUAAACAUAUUUAUAACAGCAACGAAAAGGGUUUAAGUUUAUUUCUUUAUUCUUUGAUUGUUUAAAAAUGUGUUUCUUCACUUUAGCACAGGAGGGAAACUUUGCAAAUGGUGGAGCACCACAAGAAGGGUGUGGCACAUUGUUCAGAUGCUCACAUUUUGCCAUCUUCCACGUCAUCCAAAAACACCACUUUUUUUUUUUUUUUUUAGGUGUGAUGCAAUGAUAUUUUGUUUCUUAUCUUUGUUUCAGGUAAAAAACUUUGCAAAUGGUGGAGCACCACAAGAAGGGUGUGGCACAUUGUUCAGAUGCUCACAUUUUGCCAUCUUCCACGUCAUCCAAAAACACCACUUUUUUUUUUUUUUUAGGUGUGAUGCAAUGAUAUUUUGUUUCUUAUCGUUGUUGCAGGUAAAGCAGACCAGCUGUACACAGAGUUUCACUUCAGCCGAGCCCUCGAUGAAAUCAUGGGUCACCUCCACUGGGCCAACGGCCUUGUCCAGAGUCACAGCCCAUGGCAGCUCUGCAAGUCCGACAAGCCCCAGGACAAUGCUCACCUCUUGCUGACACUUCAUAUGGGGAUGGAAACGCUGAGAGUGUGUGGAAUAUUGCUGCAGCCAGUGAUACCCAAUUUAUCAGACAAGUGAGUAAAAAAAAUUUGUUUCCUUCUCUUUCUUUCAACUUCCGGUGAGUUCUGGGAUCAUUCAAUUUGAUAACACAAAAAAAAGGCAAAUGACAACCCAAUAUGGAUAAGGGAGACAAUACAGUUUUCAAUUAUACAAAACCAAAUUUAAAACAUUAAAGAGCCAAAAUAAUAAAUAAAUUGAUCGUGGGCCCUUAAGAUAUAGAAGAGAUAUAGAAGAAUACAAAUCAUGAAUAUCUGAUUUAUUUUAUUUUUUUUUUUUUUUUUUUUUUUUUUUUUUUUUUUUUGUAAUCUGAAAAAAAUUGGCUUUUCAGACAAACUAUUAAAUGAGAUUUUUUGGAUUGUACAGACCUGUUUACCCUCAAACUCCUAAAAUCGUACAAUAUAGUCAUAAAAUCUUACAAUACAGUAUCUUAAUAGUAAAUAAUAAAUAAACAUACAGUAAAUUUAACGUAUAACUACCCAGAUCGGGCGUCUAAUGGGAUCGAGUUAAGUUUACCAAAAAAAGGGGGAACUGAAGAUAAAAUGUAGAUGACUGAGGUUUAUAUUGCUAUCUGUGGUCACUUUGCUUUGCAGACGUGUAUCUGCUAUGGAUAUCAAGGACUAUUUAAGUGAACGUGCCGAUCACAGUAUCCCAGUCUGUCACUGGGGAAAAUAAAGUCAGUGGGGAAAUAUAACAUGGUUCAAACUCCAAGUCAGAUCAAAAGCUGUCAAUGGAUGAAAAGAAGUGGGAGCACAGCUCUUCUGUGCAUUCUAAAUAUAUAUUAUAAAGGCCUCCUCCGAUCAUAUAAAAUACGUCAAAAUCUAAUAUUGCUGCGGUGACCAGUUGAGAAUCCAUUCUCAAGUUUUCUGGCUGGGGUUCAGCCGUAAGAAAUAAUUCUAUAAUAAAAUUACGUCAUACAGUACCCAAACAGAGGGAGGAGGUAGCCAUCUACGUAGUACACGCAAAAAGUCAAAUUUUCUAUCUCCCUUUACCCCUGCUAAACACGCACUUUUUUCCCCCCCCCCCCCCCCCCACCCUUUGCUUAGGUACAAUUCAGGACCCCCCCCCUUAAAAUAAAAAAAAUAAAUAUCAACCAAUAAUCUUACAUAAUUAUAAUUAUGAUGUUACAUUACUUAAAAAAUGUGACACGGGUUUUCACCACAGGCCGUUUCGGGCAACCAGUGGUUCCCAGAAUGUAAAUAAGCUGUUUGUUGCCCUCAGGAAGGGCCACGAGAAUGGGGCGAAGAGCAACAGGCCAGGCGGCAAAAAUCAUCUUUAGAAAGGACCUUAACAGUGGAUUAAACUAUAAAAUCCUAUUUACUUCUUAAAGACAAGGGGCGCUUAAAAUAGUCCCUUGUGCUUGUCCACAGGGGGUGGGGGGGGGGUGGGGUGUACAUUUUUCUAUAUGGGUUGCUACGGCUUCCCUACAGGGGGCGGGUUCUUUACAGGGGGCGUUGUGAAAUAUUACAAAAUUUUCACAAUUGUUUUUCCAUUUUUAAUCCAAUGUGACAACUUUGGUUAGUGGUGCAAACAGUAACCCACUUUAAGUAACUACUGUUUGCAGUUUCUAGAGGGUGAUUAGUGACCUACAUGCGUGUUAUGUUUAUUUUUACCCAACCCUUUAAUUUAUUUUAUUUAUGUAUUUGCUAUUUCGAAAUGUACUUGUAAGAAUUCAACACAGAGAGCCGGUUGAAAACCUGAAUACGGCAUAAGCGCCCGGGAAACACAAUUUUUCGAACCACUCACGUAGCCCAACAAAAUAUGUCUCAUGCACGUUGAACAUACAGAGGACUAAAUAUUACUGUAAUACCACUACUACAUAGUACCAUUAUUAUCUGACUGUAUCUAGCGAGUUCUUUCACCCAGUUCAUUCACGAUAAUACAUGGCAACAUCAUGACAAUGAUUCGUACAAAACAUUGCGCGUUAGUUUUGCAAAAUUCGAGAUACAAAUAUCCUACUUUUGAACAUUCGGGGCUUCUGGGUGAGACUUUCUAACCGAGACCACUGCCCCCUAUCAUUACUAAUCAUAGAAAAUGUGGCUGUGUUAAUUGUUAUAGAAUUUAAUAUUUGCCCCCUCCCCCCCCUCCAAACCUUACACAAAAUCUCCUAAGUCAACACCACUCUCCUCUCAGGGCAAAUAUAAUGUAAUUAUAGAUGGUCCCCAACCAAUUGUAUUUCUCUAUCCAUUCACUGCUGGAUGCGGUAUGCAAAUGCUAGUUAAAAGGUGAUUAUGUUACAGACCCUAUCUUAUCUUGAUGGUAAAAUCAGCCCAAAUAUUUUUUACAUUGAAUUGUAUUCAUUCAUGCAUUUCAUUAGUGACAAGCUAGACAAAGAAAGGAGAAAUUCUACAGUGUUGUAGUUGUCUGACUGUUUAUUAAAGCACUGUCCAAGCCAUAGGUAGCAAAAAUAGCAAUUAAUAAUUAACAAUGAAACUAAAGAUAAUCAUCUGGAUGAUCAUGCUACACAUUAUUGUCUGUUCCAGACUUCUGACCAGUUUGGGUGUGCCUUCAACUGAGAGAAACUUUGAACAUGCCCUGAUUGCAGCCAUCAACGGCUUUCAGAGUCUGGGUCAGAAAAUCAUUCUACAGAAGAAAGUUGACAUGAGCUGAGCAAAUAUGAGCUGAAUCAUAGGAGAACUUUGUUUACAAGAAUUGUGCACACCUAACACUCUGCACAAGAAUACAUGUUUUUUCUUUACUGUACAUUUUAAAAGUGUAAAUGAAAGUGUUGGUAACAGUUUAUUUUUUAGAGUUGAAAUUUUUUGUGAACUUAAAUAAAUGGAUGAACUAUUACUUGAAAGAUUUGAC